UUAUAUAUGAAUUUUGAAUACAGAAAAGCAUUUUUGCAAGAGGCAAGCUAGCCAUGGCUUCCUCGCAAGGAAUGCAAUUGCAACUACAACCCAUCAUCUUGAUGCUAGUACUAGUACAAGUAGUAGUGGUGGUGAUAUUGUCAUUAUCAGCAGCAACAAUUGCAGCACCACCAACAGAAGCAGAUUUGAAGAAUCUUGACUGCAUGAAUCGUUGCGGGAAUUUAAGCAUCCCAUACCCAUUCGGCGUGAAAGAGAAUUGUUAUCGCAGCGAAGAUUUCUUCAUUAAUUGUAGUGAUUCCCAGCCAUAUUUACGGCAUAGCGAUAUCAAUAUUUCAAAUAUAUCGCUUGAGGAGGGUGAGUUACGCAUCAUGAAUAACAUAUCUCGUAAUUGUUAUGACGGGUUAGGUACACCGUUACAGAGCAACUUUUAUGGAUGGCUCGUCGCCACCAAUUUCUCCAUAUCUAGUACCAAGAACAAGUUCACUUCUAUUGGUUGUGACACAUAUGGGGUUCUCCAUAUUUUAGAAAACGAGAGUUUCGUUUUUACAACUGGGUGUGUGUCAAGUUGUAUGAGCAUCUCCUACGUUUCUGAUGAUGGAUCUUGCUCUGGAAUUGGUUGCUGCCAGACCUCCAUCCCAAAACAACUCAGCCAUAUCGAAAUUGAUGCGCAUAGCUUCAACAAUCAUACGGAUGUAUUGGACUUCAAUCCGUGCAGCUAUGCCUUUGUUGUUGAAGAAGCUGCGUUUAAUUUCUCCACAACUUACCUUCAAGAUUUUAAAGAAACCAAGGUGCCGUUGGUGCUUGAUUGGGGAAUAGGGGAUAAUAAGACAUGCCAUGAAGCUAAGAGAGAUUUGACAAGUUAUGCAUGUGGAGAUAAUAGUGAUUGUUAUGGGGCAGAAAUUGGUAAUGGGUAUAUCUGCAAGUGUUCCAAGGGUUACGAAGGGAACGCGUACCUCUCAGAUGGUUGCAAAGAUAUAGAUGAGUGUGCAGAUCUAAAUCUCAACCAGUGUGUAGCGGAAAGCAAAUGCCUAAACACACGAGGGAAUUAUACGUGCUCUUGCCCCAAGAGAUAUCACGGUGAUGGCAAAACAGAUGGAACACGUUGCAAUGCUAGUCGAGAAUAA